AUGACAAAGAUAGCCGAAAAAACACAGCUUCAACAAUGCCCUGCUCAACAUGCUCGCGCGGUGGACACACCUGCUCACUUGCACGGGGCCGGCCUUGCUUCUGUUGAAGCCUUGGAAUCAUGCAAUGCGCUGGGACUCACUCAGGGAUGGCAGCUGUUCGUGCCAGGGCUUGUGCCUGCCAACUGCGAGGAGAACCUGAGGAGACGGCCUCAGAUCAUGCCCGCGCAGUGCAAGAGAGUCAUAUGCAUGGUUUGCAGAUCGCUGCACGAGGGCCAAGCACUUCACAGUGCCACGACUUCAGCAGGGCUUAGCUUGUGCGAACUCUGUGUGUGGUCUUGCCAAGAGGCCUUUCUCAUGAGCUCUUCUGCGCGCCUUGUCUGCAUCUUCUUCCAGCUUUAA